CAAAGUCACUGUCGCAACCCAUAGAGUAGAAAGUCACAGCCGGAUUACUAUGGAAACCAACAAACCAUAUUGACAAUAAAUUAAUCAAUUCCACUGGAAAAAAACGUUGCGAAAUCUCCUCCAAUUUUGGUUCAAAAAUGUCUUUCAAACGUGUUAUGAAGGGUCAAAAUACGGACCGAUUGCCUGCUCGUGGCUUGUUCCAUCAAAACGUAAAUGCUAUUACUGCCUGCCAGAGCGACUGUAUCAGGAGACUAGGAAAGACAAUUCAACUGGAACAAGAAGCUUAUUUGAUCAAUCAUCCAGAGGUGAAAGCGAUGCUUGAAGGCUUCGUCUGUAAAAUGGUGCAACAAUCGAAAAAAAAGGACAUAUUAAAGGAAGCUGCUCAAUAUUUUACUAGAACUGUGGAUGAGCUAGAGUGUGAGAUCAAGGAAUUUCUGGGCUUGCCGGUUGACGCUUCAGACAUUAAGUUAAACCAACCAACAAUGUAUUAUGAGGAUUAUGAACUCAAGUCGGACUUGCAGAAUAUUAUAAGGGAGCAUUACCCACCGGAGCCGUGGACAAUACCAUCCCCGAUAUCUACAACACCUGCCACUUUAUCAUCUUCAUUUUUAUCUUGUGUGACUUCGGAAACUACGUUACCAACUCCAGAACCAGAAGCACAACCAGAAUUGACGCUAUCACAGAUUUUCUACAAUACGAUAUUAGGUACAGUCGAUAAAGCAGUGUACCAAAACGUAGACGCGGCUACACUCAAAUUUGACACAGCCUACGUAGAGCUCCAAAAAGUAGUUGAACAAGCUAUGGAGAUUCCGGUCAUUGAAAUAAGAGAGGACAUAGCAGAAUUACUAUAUAACUCUUAUAAGAUGUUCGAACUUAAUAUUAUGGAGAAGGAAAGAAUUGCUGCCGAAAUUGCUUGGGAGAAGAGGAUGAGGAAAAAGCUUAAGAAAACAUUGCGACGUCAAAUGAAUUUCAAAGGUUACGAAACUCCCCCAACGCCAAAGAGUGAAAUUUCUUCCCACGAGAGCUACAAGAAACCAAUGCCGAAAUGUUGCGUUUGUCAUCCGCAGAACAACUAUAAUCGGUAUCCUAAGGACCGUUUCGGUAUUUAUCUUCCGAGAGAAACAAGUUUCAGUAAUAAGAACGUGACGGCGACACCUAAUAUUUCUCUGGAAGAUGUGUCUGAAGAUGUUGGCGUGGAUAGCGAAAGGGCGGACACAAAGUCUUUGGUCAGCCGAAAGUCUGCUGUUUCCACUAAAAGCAAUGUCAGCAAACUGAAGGAGAAAGAAUAAGAGCGAUACUAUAAAUAAAAAAACAUUGUGGCUGAGAUAUCGAUUAAAUUUUCGCAAAUGAUACACGCUGACCCAGCGCUGAAUCCGAAGUGAAUUGAAAACUAAUUAUUAUUCUACUAACCGCAUUUGAGUAUUUCUAUGUUUUUUCUACUAUUUCGAAACUAACAUCCCAUUUAUUUAUUUUAGGAAAAUAUCUCUGUACUUAGUUGGCGGAAAUGCAAAUCAUGUAGGUGUAUUACGUAGGUACGAUAGUUCUACAUUUUUAACAAAAUUCACGUCACAUCAUUCAUUCUUUUGAGUACACAAAAUUGUUUUGUUUUAUUUCUCGAUCACCUCACUUCUAUUAAAUAAAUUAAAGAUGUAUUCAGAAUACAUAAUGAGGCGAGUCGGUAUUUAAUGAUUCAAUUAAGCCGUAUUUAGUGAUAUUUUAUUGUUGUAAAAGAAGUUUUUAUUAAAUGUAUACUGUAACUAAUGUAUAUAUUUAAUUAACUGUAUGGUUUCGGGAUUGCGGAAACAAGUAAAACUAAAACAACGGAACGAGGCAACAAUAACGUACCUAUACGGAAAUUUUAAUUAAAAGUUUUGAUCCGCGCCGCUGCAGGUGCGCUGUUUAUUUAUUUAUUUUUGUUUUCUAGAAAAAACAAGCGAAGCGAUUGUUUGCUGUGAAAAUUGACGUAUUAAAAAGAAAUAAACGUGUAUUCUAUUAAA